AAGGAGAAUACAAUAGAGAGUAACAAGCUAAUAUAUUCUAUGAAGUUGCGUUCCACCUACUCUUAUAGCUUUAUUCUUCUAUGCCCCCAAUCUGCGUCAGCUUUCUUUACAUUCUUUUCCUUUCCUUUCUUCUUCCAUCAUUCUCUCUCUCUCUCUGUCUCGAGCAAUGCCUAAUUAACCAGACCUCAAUCAAGCUCUCCCAAGACCAAUGGCUAAAGGCAUAGUAUCUGUCUUCAACAAGUUCUUCUCCAUCUUUCUUCUUCUUGUUCAUCUUGGUUGCUUUAUUUUCACCUCUAAAGAUAACCAGCCCACCAAGAAACGUAAAAUCUCUCCUCUUUCUCCUUCCUCUUCUUCUUCUUCGUUUCGCUUAAAGCCACACCGAGCUCUUUCUUCUUCUUUGUCAUACCUAAAACGCAUUUUUACUUCCAAAGCCUGCAAAAACAGUUCAAAUGUUCAAUCUCCAGUUCCAACCCUUACAUCAGCAAGAUCAUCUCAACAAUCUAUAGUCUCUAUGGUCGCUCCAGCAGAAGAUCAAACCUCUGAUAUUCCUCCGCCGCGAAAAAUGCCAGUACCGGCAGGUUCUUGUCAAGAAUCCGAUAUUUCAACUACUAAUGAUCAGUUCUUUCCUUUAAGGAAUGAUAUCUUUCCUUGCACUGCUUGCGGCGAAAUCUUUCCAACACCUAAUCUUCUUGAGCAACAUCUAGCGAUCAAACAUGCUGUAUCGGAGCUCCAAGAUGGUGAUUCGGGUAAGAAUAUAGUCUAUAUUAUAUUCAAAACGGGCUGGUCUUGUAAAGAGAAGAAUCCAGAGAUUCUUAGGAUUUUAAAGAUCCAUAACAGUCCAAAAAUACUAUCAAGAUUUGAAGAGUACAGAGAGCUUGUGAAAGCUAAAGCUGCAAGAAACGGUUCCGUUAAAAGAAGAGAUGAGAGAUGCAUAGCUGAUGGUAAUGAGCUUCUGAGAUUUUACUGUUCAACUUUUAUGUGUGAUUUAGGAGUUAAUGGUAAUUCUAGCGUUUGCAACCAACAAUAUUGUAGUGUUUGUGGUAUAAUUAAGUGUGGUUUUUCACCCAAGAUGGAUGGAAUCUCUACACUGUCUACUAGUUUAAGAGCACACGUGGCAAUUCCUGAGGACAUUGAAGAAGAGUUCAAGUUUAUGAAUGUGAAACGGGCUAUGCUAGUUUGCCGGGUCAUAGCGGGUCGGGUCGGGAGUGAGUUGGAGGAGGAGGAGGAAGUGAAUAAGGAGGAUGGAGGGUUUGAUUCUUUAUUGGGUAGAGGUGGCAGUGGGGUCCAUACCAGGUUGGAUGAAGAAGAGCUUGUGGUGUUUAAUCCAAGGGCUGUGCUUCCUUGCUUUGUGAUUGUGUAUACUGUGUGAUCAUGGUGAUGGAUGGUGAUGAUUAUCAUCAUGUAAUUGCAUGUUUGGAAUAUUUUUUAUUUUAUUUUUCUUUUAAUUAUGAUUUAACUUUUUUUUUUUAUUUUUUAUCUUAGGGUUGUGAUGAUAUUAGUGAAGUGUGUUGUUGAUGUUUCACAUGAUCUCUGUCCAAAAAAAGGUCAGAACUCCAACCCAAAUGCCCCAAAUAAUUAGGUGGGUCCCAUAUAUGAUAAUUCUGUGUUUGGUCCAAAUCUUAACUAGAUGAAGAGCUGUCUGUUAACUUAGUUAUAAUUAGUGGAAAUAUUAUGUAAAUCACUUUCAAUUUUUGUG